GCGGGGCGGCGGGGCAGCAUGGGCCGGCCCGGCGGCGGCGCGGCCGCCAUGGACGCCGUGCGCAGCUUCGAGCGGUGGAAGAAGAAAUACACCCGGCGGACGAAGAGGCUGCGGCUGCAGCGCAAGGAGAGGAAGCGGCCCGAGUGGCAGGUGGAGCGGGAGAACAUCGGCCGCCUGGUGCAGCGCUACCCCGAGAUAAAUGCAAGUGAAAUCCAAAGGUUUUCAGAUUUUCCAUUGUCAAAGAAAACCCUUAAAGGACUCCAGGAAGCUCAGUACCGUGUGGUAACAGAGAUACAGAGGCAAACCAUAGGUUUGGCUUUGCAAGGUAAAGAUGUACUUGGAGCUGCAAAGACUGGAUCAGGCAAAACUUUGGCUUUUAUUGUUCCAGCUUUGGAACUCUUGUAUCGCCAACAGUGGACCUCAGCUGAUGGCCUGGGGGUUUUGAUAAUAUCGCCUACCCGGGAGCUGGCGUAUCAAACCUUCAAGGUUCUGCGUAAAGUGGGGAAAAACCAUGAAUUCUCAGCUGGCCUUAUCAUUGGAGGAAAGGAUCUGAAAGAAGAGUCUGAAAGAAUCCACCACAUAAAUAUGCUGAUUUGCACUCCAGGACGGCUUUUACAACACAUGGAUGAAACUUCAUAUUUCUAUGCAUCUGACCUGCAAAUGUUGAUUCUUGAUGAAGCUGACAGAAUUCUAGACAUGGGGUUUGCUGAUACGAUGAAUGCAAUCAUAGAAAAUCUACCUAAGAAACGCCAGACCUUGCUUUUUUCAGCAACACAAACAAAAUCCGUGAAGGAUCUUGCACGGCUGAGUCUGAAAGAUCCAGAAUAUGUUUGGGUUCAUGAAAAAGCCAAAUUCAGUACCCCAGCAACUUUGGAUCAGAACUACGUUGUCUGUGACCUUCAGCAAAAAGUAAACAUGUUAUAUUCUUUCCUGAGAACUCAUUUAAAAAAGAAGAGCAUUGUGUUUUUUGCAAGCUGUAAAGAGGUUCAGUAUCUGUUCAGAGUGUUCUGUAAGCUUCAGCCUGGUCUUCCUGUCCUGGCACUCCAUGGCAAGCAGCAGCAGAUGAAGAGAAUGGAAGUCUACACUUGUUUUGUUCGGAAAAAGGCAGCAGUGCUUUUCGCUACAGAUAUUGCAGCUCGUGGCCUGGACUUUCCAGCAGUGAAUUGGGUCAUUCAGUUCGAUUGUCCAGAAGAUGCAAACACGUACAUCCACAGAGUGGGAAGAACAGCCAGGUAUAAAGAAGGUGGUGAAGCUUUGUUAGUAUUGCUCCCUUCAGAAGAAAAAGGCAUGGUGGAACAGCUGGCGCAGAGGAAAGUACCUAUCAGUGAAAUCAAAAUUAAUCCUGAAAAGCUUACAGACAUCCAAAAGAGGAUGCAAGCAUUCUUAGCUCAAGAUCAGGAGUUAAAAGAGAAAGCUCAAAGGUGUUUUGUAUCCUACUUGCGUUCAGUUUACUUAAUGAAGAACAAGGAAGUAUUUGAUGUUUUCAAAUUGCCCCUAGCAGAAUAUGCCCUAUCACUUGGUCUUGCAAUGGCACCUCGUGUGAGAUUCCUUCAAAGAGUUCGGAAGCAGCUGUGUGCGAAUGAGGCAGCCAAUGGGACAGACCACUUGGAGGAGACAGAGCAAAAUGAGAAUACCCUCACCUUGGUAAACAAGGAGAAAGGUGAAACUAAUUUCACCGGAAAAACAUCUGUUAACAAAACAAGGGGAAAGCAGAGAAGAAAAGAAACUGAGGAAUGUUCUGCUUCCAGUGGAAGUGCUGAGGAGAGCGGUGAGUCUGAGGAUGAAACAAAAGAGCUGUCUGAGGAGGAGGAAAAAGAAGUUCAUGUACCUAGCAGGGUACUAAACUCAGACUCCAUGCAGUUCUUUGAAGAUGAUGAUGAGGAGGAGGAGGACGACGAUGCUGAAGGUCUUGAUUUGCUGACAGUGAAACAACGGGAUGUUUUUGGUGUGGAAGCUAAAGAUAAUCCAACACCGACCACAUCAAAAUCAAAGACGAAGAAAAAAGCAACUAAGACCCAAGAAGCCAAAAAAAUCUUGAAGAAGAAAUUUAAAGUUAACACAAAAAUAGUUUUUACUGAAGAUGGAGAGUUAGUGCAGCAGUGGCCACCUGUGCAAAAAUCCAAUUUGGCGCAAGCAGAUGAGGAAGAUGAUGCCAGUGGUAUCAACCUAGAUAAAGCAAAAGAAAUACUGCGUGAAGAAGACAAAUUUGACAAAGAAGAAUACAGGAAGAAAGUAAAGGAAAAACAUAGGGAAAAGAGGCUAAAAGAAAAAGCAGCAAGGAGAGAAGCCAGGAAUAAGAAUGCACAGGCUGAAGAGGAAACAGUGGCCUUUCUUGCUCACAGUGGAAGUGAAGAAGAGUUUGAUCCAAGCACUCUCCCAGAUCCUGAUAAGUACAAAGACUCUGAUGCAGAGCAGGAUUCAGAAAGUGAAGAGAGCUAUAGUGAACUUGAGGAGGAGACUGGAAGAAAGAAGAGAAGCUAUAGCAACAGUGCCACAGCAGAAGAAAUGCCGCUGAAAAGAAAGAAGAUGCAAUUCAGCCAAGAGGAAGACUCCUAUUUGCCAUUAGAUACUGGACUUUCUCUGGCAGAGGAUGAGGAGCUUGUACUGCAUCUGCUCAAAAGUCACAACUGAUUAUUUUUCUGCAGGUUUUCUUCUCUGGGACAUUUCCACAAUUUUGUCAGUAGUUUACACAAAACUAAUCUGGAAUCUGGGCAGCUGGGUAUCAGUGAAUGUCGAUAAAUGAGUUCCACGUGCAAUGGGAUUGCCUUAGAUUGGCUUACAGGUUAUAGACAAUAUUUAGUUAGAUUUAUAAGGAUUUCUAAGUGAACUUUUCAACCUAAAUCCCCAGGUGUCAUUUUGCAGUACAUGUUCAUAAUUUUAAAUCUCCAAGUUUUGAAACAGUUACCUUCUUUUAUUUUCACCUUGCUUUAAAUGAAAACAGGAUGUUGCUUUCUUGACUAUGCCAGGUUUGUUAUUUUGGAAGAUAUAUGUGUACUAAAAUUUUUAAGGAAGAAAUUGGCAACUCAAGUCAUAUUAACUAAAAAUAAAGUAUGUACUUUCUUCUGUGUAUAAGGCACAUCUUUUAAGAAUAUUUUAAUAAAAAAGUCUAGAGCCUUGAUGUAAACUUAAUGGUGUCUCUCAGCUUUGUUAUGAAAGCAUAUAUUUAUCCUUCAGGUAUCAUUUCUGUUAUAAAUCUGUCACUGGUGUUAGGAAAUUCAGAAAACAACUUUUAGAAGCUAAAACUGAGUCUUGUAUUUGAAUCCCAUAUGAAUGAGAACACAUUGUCUCAUAGUUGUAGCUAUUUGGUCUUUCCAUAUGAGCAUAUUAAAUACCCCGUUUAUGUCAGUAUCACUUUUUUUUUUGUCACAGGAAUCUAUCAUCACCUAUUCAGUACAACUCAUUCCUCCUCUCCCUGUACUCUGUACUAUCUUUUCAGCUCAGUUACCCAAAACUGAAAAUAUACUGCAAAUUCUUGCCUCCAAAUGUUUCUUCCACUGUUCUGCCAGCAGGCAGGGUAUCAUAAAAACAAUAUUAUAGGCAGAGCACAUCUGCCAUCUGCUCCUUGCUGACAAUGUGGAAUGAGAAGAAAUGACUGAGUUUCACAAACAGCUAAACAUGAAAGAUGGGACCUGCUUGGCAGCUGAUGUACAGUGUUUGUUUAGUCUACAGUGCCACAGUGGGCCUGGAAAAUGUUGUGAUCUGGGACCAGCAUCACUGAUGAAUCUGUUAAUGAAGAAGGAUUUGCUGUGGUGCUGCUGUGACUGGUGCAUAUGUCCCACGUGCCAUCGUGCAAAUGGCUGCAGUGAAUGUAAUGAGCAGCCUCAGCAAAUAUCUGUGCUGGGAUAGCAGAGCUCCUGCUCCUGUAGCUGUGGAGGGAGGCAGAAAACUGCUGUGCAGAGAGCUCUACCAGCAGAAAGCUGCUCAAAGAUGAUUUGGAUAUGGAUGACAAUACAUACAGUGGUGUGUACUUCUUAAGAGAUAUUCACAGAUCCAUAGUGUGCUUGGUGGUGGUCACCUGUCUUGUACAUCACCUGGUGUUCUCUCAAAUCAAAGCUUUGCUCUAAGAAGCAUGAACAGUUGUUGAGGCAAGCAAGUGAAAAACCAAAAGACUUACUGUUUCUGACUAGAAUAUUCUUAUUUGUGUGCUGAAGUGGGAGAGAAAUAUUCUGCCUAGUGAACAGUAAGUAAGACUAAAAAUUAAAUUAUAUAUGUUGGAA